UUUUUUUUUUUUUUUUUUUUUUUGUUGGGCAUUGACUUUGACUUGGUUAUUUUUCAGGAUCCUUACUUCCGAAUGACGCGAGAUGUGGCUCCUCGGUUAGGUUAUCACAAGCCUGCUUUGAUAGAAUCAUUAUUCUUCCCUGCGCUUCAGGGGGAGACAGGAAAAAUGUCUGCCAGUGAUCCAAAUUCUGCCAUCUAUGUGACUGAUUCCGGGAAGGAUAUUAAAAACAAGAUAAACAAAUAUGCUUUCUCUGGUGGGCAAGAUUCUGUUGAAAAUCAUCGCAAGUAUGGAGCAAACCUUGAGGUGGACAUACCAAUUAAAUAUCUUGGUUUUUUCUUGGAGGAUGAUGUCGAACUCAAACAUAUUAGGACGGAAUAUGGAGCUGGUCGUAUGCUAACAGGCGAAGUUAAGAAACGGCUCACAGAAAUUCUAACAGAAAUGGUUGAAAGACAUCGCAGGGCUAGAGCUGCUGUGACAGAUGAGAUGGUAGACGCAUUCAUGGCAGUGCGGCCGCUUCCCAACAUGUUCAGCUAAAUUGGAAGGAAGCGAUAGUCGAGUUCUAUGUGUUUCUUGCAAAAGCUAUGGCAUAUCUUACUCAUCGGUAUGGAAGAACACUUGAAAUCUAAAGAAUUUUGUUCUUCCAUGGAUCAUUUUUUCCACACCUGGUCAUUUACUCAGUCUAAUUGAGUCUUUAACUUCUUUUUUUAAGCUUUAUGACAGAAUAGGCAAUUAUUGAUGAAAGUAACUUGCGUUUUCUUGGCUUGGAAUUUGUGUUAUUAAUCAGAAAAUGGAUAAUUUUGUUUAAUUGCUGCUAAAAAUAUUUGGGAUACUAAGAUGCAAGUGUUGUCCUCUU